GUUGUUAGUCUAAAGUUAUUAGUGUAACGAGUGUGCUUUCCGGCUUUUUGUAAAUCUAAAAUAAUAAUAUUGUUACUUGCUGCCUUGCUGCCCUGGCACUUUUCUCUUCUUUCUACGAAAUCUAAUGAUAAAUCUGCAACACCAUGUGUGACGACGAUGUUUCGACCGUGGUCCUCGAUUGCGGAUCUGGCGUGUGCAAAGUCGGAUUUUCCGGUGAUCAAACGCCUCGAAUGAAUUUCCCCACGGUGGUCGGCACUCCUCGCCAGGGCUUGAUGAUGAACUUUGGCCUGCAGGAUUCGUACGUGGGGGACCUGGCCCACUCCAAGCGCGCUGUGCUGAAACUGAGUUAUCCCAUUCAGUACGGCCUCGUCACCGACUGGGAAGGAUUGGAGAAGGUCUGGCAUCAUGCGCUCCACAAUGAGCUGCGCAUUUCUCCCACGGACUACCCCCUUCUGCUGACGGAGGCGCCCAGGACGACCAUGCGCCAUCGCGAGAAGGCCACUCAAAUCAUGUUUGAAACAUUGGAAGUGCCGGCCAUGUAUGUGGCCAGCCAGCAGGUGUUGGCCCUAUACUCCUCGGGUCGCUCCACAGGAAUCGUUCUGGACGUUGGCGACGGGUACUCCCAUGCCGUUCCCAUUUACGAAGGCUAUGCCCUGCCCCAUGCCAUAGGGGUUCUAGACUGGGCCGGGCGCGAUCUCACGGAGUACCUCAUGAAGCUACUGAUGGAGAGGGGCUACAGCUAUUCCUUCAGCUGCAUGUCCGAGCGUGAGAUUGUGCGUGACAUAAAGGAGAAGCUGUGCUACGUGGCCAGGGACUUUCAGCAAGAGCUUGAGGAAUUCAGCACCCAACUGGAGAAAAAGUUUACUCUGCCAGAUGGACAAGUAAUUUCCAUUGGCGACCAGAGCAUCCGGUGCCCGGAAGCACUGUUUGACCCCACCGUCCUGGGCAGAGCUCCCGUGGGCCUACACCAAAUGGUCUAUGAAUCCAUUAAUAAGUGCGACGAGAACGUCCGGCGAGAAAUGCUCUACAACAUCAUGGUGUCGGGGGGCACCACGAAGCUUCCUUGCUUUGUCGAGCGUCUGAAGCGGGAGAUCGCCGGACUGGCCUGCUCCAACAUGAGGGUUAGGAUUAUGGCACCACCCCAUCGUCAGUUCGCUUCCUGGAUGGGUGGAUCUGUCCUCAGCUCGCUGCCCGCGUUUAAGCAGAUGUGGAUAUCCAAGGAGGAGUAUGAGGAGGUUGGUCCAUCCAUAGUCCACCGCAAGUGCUUCUAAGCGGCAGAUCCGUGCCUCUGCAUCCCAAAUUCUGGUAUCCUUCUGAAAAAACUGAUAUUAAAAGCGUAGCAUACGAGA